AUCACAGCCUUCACACAGAGUGUGCGCAUUCUCAGGAGGAAUUAAAUAACGUGUGGCUUCUAAAAUAAUUCAGUGAAGUUUUGGUACUACGUUAUUGCGAUUUUGAAAUUAGAAAAACGUUUAGCCAUGCGGCGAAGCAAAGCCGAAGUGGACCGUUAUAUUUCCUCAGUACAAAAUUCGUCUCCUUCACUGAAAGAGAGACCAAUAAAAGGAUUUUUAUUUGCUAAAUUGUAUUCUGAAGCAAAGGAGUAUGAACUUGCUAAAAGACAUGUAUCGGAAUACCUCAAGGUGCAGGAAAGGGAUCCCAAGGCACAUAAAUUCCUUGGUCAGCUCUAUGAAAGAGAGGGAGAUAUCAACAAGGCAGUGGGAUGCUAUAAGAGGUCGGUGGACAUGAACCCAGCUCAGAAGGACCUCGUCCUGAAGGUGGCUGAGCUCCUGUGCAGUAAAGCGGAGGAUGACAGCAGGGCGGAGUUUUGGGUAGAGAAGGCUAGCAAGAUGUUACCUGGCAACCCUGCAGUCUUCAACCUGAAGGAGCGCUUGUUGAGCCGUCGGGGGCAGCAGGGCUGGAACCAGCUGUUUGACCUGCUCCAGGCAGAGUUGGCAGUGCGGCCGUCAGACGCUCAUGUGAACAUGAAGCUGGUUCAGCUGUACACCUCAGAUGGCAGACAGGAAGAGGCUGUCCGACACUGCCUCAGCACAGAGAAGAAAGGCCUUCUCAGACACAACCUGGACUGGUACACGACUGUGGUGCACACUCUGCAGGAGUACCUUUACCAACCCAGUGUGAUGUCCAACGAGAAGAUGUGUAGGCAGCUACAGAAAGAACUGCUAUUGGCCCACAGUAACCUGCUGAGACUCACUCUGUCUGGGAAAGGAGUGCAGCCGAGUGUGGAUGCCCUGAGAAGUUUUGACUGUGCCAUGCAUGCCCUGAAUAAGACAACGGGCGGUGUGACAGACGAGCUGAGUGAGAUGUUUUCAGAAAUGAGGGGGCAUCUUUACCUGCAUGCUGGCACUCUACUGCUGAAGAUGGCACAGGAGAAACUGCAACAGUGGAGGACUGUGGUCGAUCUGGCUGGACUGUGCUACCUACUAGCAUAUCAGGUCCCCAGACCAAAGGCCAGGGUGUCUAAAGGUGACCAGUCUGUCCCUUCGCCCCUCGAGCUUCUUUCCAACGAGAGGCAGAGCCAAUCAGGACACAUGCUGCUUAACCUCAGGACUGACACGCACACGUUUGUCAGAGAGGUGGUGGAGACGUUUGGGAACCGCAGUGGGCAGGGAUGUCUGUUUGAGCUGCUGUUUGGCCCCCAGGCUCCUGCCGGGGCAUCCUUCAUUGGCAACGACGACAUCCGCUCCAUCAACACCCAGGGCCCAGACUUGGCAGACCUAGAGAAAUGGGACAAGGAAUCCAUCUUGCUGCAUGGAGGGGACCUGCAGCAGUUGUGCUGGCUGGGCCUGCAGUGGUCUUUCCUGGGCCAGAGCCCGCCCCUCGGGCAAUGGCUUAGGCAGCUGUUCCCCAGACUCACCCUGGAGACUUCCAAAUUGGACACCAACACACCUGAGUCCAUCUGCCUGCUGGACCUGGAGGUGUUCCUUUGCGGUGUGGUGUUCUGCAGUCACACCCAGUUGCAGGAGAACGCCAGGAUCAGCUCUUCAGGCCAGCAGCAGCUGCUCAAAGAGCCUCGCUGUCUACCCCCGCCCCUCCUCCUCCUGCUCUCCACGGACAGGCAGAGGGAAUGGUGGGACGCAGUCUACAGCCUCAUCCACCAGCAGACCGCGCCUGGUAUGUCAGCCAAACUAAGGGUGAUUGUGCAGUAUGGCUUGAGCACCCUGAGAGCUGGAGAGAAACACGGUCUUCAACCCGCCCUGCCCAUACAUUGGGCUCAGCACCUCAGCCAGACGGGCGUCGGGGUGAACUCCUACUAUGAGCAGAACGAGUACAUAGGACGCAGUGUCCACUACUGGCACGUGGUGCUCCCACUGCUGGACAAGAUCAAGCGGAGACGCAGCAUCCCUGAGCCCCUGCAGCCUCUCUUCAUGCACUUCCCCUCCAGGGACAUACAGGUCUCGGAAGUUAAGAGCUAUGAGGAAGAGGCCAGGAUAGCGUUUGCCACGCACUUGGACAUUGAGGGUAAAACGGAGGAGGCCGUCGCUAGUCUGGAGAGCAUCAAUAACAUCUCGUCCAACUGGCACCUGGCUCAGAUCUUCCAACGCCUGUCAGAAGAGGCUUGUAAUGGAGUAGAAGAGACCCAGGAUAGGUGCAUCACGUACCUCAGGAAGUUCAAGACCUACCUAUCCAAGAUCUACAACGCCAAUGCAGAUGACAUGGAUAAGCUGCCAGUUUCGAUGGAGGAAGUGAUGGAUCUCCUGAACGAUGUGAACCAACAGCUGCGGGACAGCGGAGAGGCCAUGGGUGAAGAGGACAUGAAUGGAUGUCCAGCCCUCUCCAGUCCCAGUCAGUUCACAGAGACUGUUGCCACCAUCUCUCACACUAAGUUGUCACCCUCCCCCAGUAAAGGGAUCGUGUCACCUUCCAAGAGACACCAGAUAUCACCCAAGGCACCACCCCCUUGGGUAGAAGACCAGAAGGCUCUUAUCCAGAAGCUCUGUCAACAGGUGGAGGCGCUCAAGAAUGAAGUCCAUGACCUGAGGCUCAACUCGUCAGAGAACGUUGCCUCGCCUCACCACAGGAUGUAUGGGGACAGUUACGGGGCCGAGGGCCUGCAGGAGAACUACCCACCAGCACAGACCUUCCAUGGGGCCCCACUCACUGUUUCCACAACAGGCCCCUCCGUGUAUUAUAACCAGUCACCAGCUUAUAACUCCCAAUAUCUUCUUCGCACUGCAGCCAAUGUUACCCCAACUAAGGCUCCAAUGUAUGGGAUUAACUGUCUGCCACCACAACAGCGCAUGUAUACGUACCAGCAGCCUACUCACACGCCACCCCUGCAGACCACUCCAGCCUGCAUCUAUCCUCCCCAAGACCAAGUCUUUGGAGCGCCGCUCCGCUUCGAGUCACCAGCAACCAGUCUCCUAUCACCUUACAGUGAAGAGUAUUAUGGCCAUGGAGUCACUCAGCCCACCACCAACCCUCCCCUCCCUGAGCCUGGAUACUUUACAAAACCCUCCACCGUUCCUCCGCAACCACCAAAGAGCAUUGAGGGGAAGCCCAUGGACUUUGGGAAGAUCUCCUUCGGGCAGCAAGCCCCAGCUGAAACUCCCAAAGUGCCCAGUUUCGGCGCGGGGAUAGUGGCCCAGUCCACCCCCUCUGCCUCAUUCAAGUUCAACUCCAACUUCAAAUCUAACGACGGGGACUUUACCUUUACGUCUCAGGCUAAAAACAGCGAGAGUCUACUCGGUCUCUUGACAUCAGACUUGCCUGCCAAAACUGAUGCGACUCCAGAGAACAAGCAACCCGCUAUAGAGCAGCCUGGCAGCCAAGGGGGCAUCUUCACCUUUGGCAGUAAAGCCACAGCCGGCUUCUCUUUCACAGACGCAGCACAGGGUUCAACUGGCCUAUUUGGGAAAACGGAGCAGCCGUUCAGUUUCACCAACGUGGCCACGCCUGCGUUCGGGCUGCCUAGCGCUGCACAGGAGGAGAAGGCGGCCGAAAGCGACAAUGAAAGCGCCCACGCGGAGGAAGACGAGGACGGCCCCCACUUUGAGCCCAUCGUCCCCCUUCCCGAUAAGGUGGAUGUGAAAACUGGGGAGGAAGAGGAGGAGGAGAUGUUCUGCAACAGGGCAAAGCUCUUCCGAUUUGACGCAGACACAAAGGAGUGGAAGGAGAGGGGCCUUGGAAGCUUGAAGAUCCUAAAGCACACCACGUCAGGGAAAGUGCGUCUGCUGAUGAGGAGGGAGCAGGUCUUGAAGAUUUGCGCCAACCAUUACAUCACUGCGGACAUGCUUCUGAAACCAAACGCCGGAUCUGACAAGUCCUGGGUCUGGAAUGCUGUGGAUUACGCCGAAGAAGUUCCCAAGCCCGAGCAGCUUGCUGUUCGCUUCAAGACUGCUGACGAGGCUACACUCUUUCAAAUAAAGUUUGAGGAAGCCCAGAAGAUCGUGCCCACAUCUCCUGAAAAGCAUGAGCCAUUUGAGAAAAAAGAGGCCUCUCUGAAACCUCCUGCUCCCCAGGCGACGAGUUUGGCAUUCCAGUUUGCGAAGAAAGACGGCGAAUGGGACUGCAACGUGUGCUGUGUCAGAAAUGCCGCCGCAGCGAUUCAGUGUGUCGCUUGUCAAAGUGCUAACCCAAAUGCUCCAUCCAAGUCAGACAGCAAUAGUGCAAAUGAGGCUAAAGCCUUGACAGGUGGCGUAGCCUCAGUGGGGGGCUUUACUUUUGGAUUUGCAGCUGAUUCAUCAAAAGCCGCUAGCUCAAGCUCCUCUAAAGGAUUCGGAGCCAUUGGCUGUUCCAUGCGUUCUUCGUUCUUUAGAACCGGCAGUAGUCCUACACCUGCUACUUUAGGAUCCCAGUUUGUCAAAAAACUAGGCCAGUGGGAUUGUGACACGUGUGCUGUGACAAACGAGGCAUCCGCAAACAGUUGUGUCUGUUGUCAAACACCAAACCCCUCAGCAAAACCUUCUCCCUCAGCCCCAACUGCCUCUUUCGGGUCAGGUUUUGGAGCUCAGUUUGUAAAGAAAUCUGGGCAGUGGGACUGUGACACGUGUGCUGUAAGAAACGAGGCUUCCGCAAACAGUUGUGUCUCAUGUCAAACACCAAACCCCUCAGCAAAACCUUCUCCCUCAGCCCCAACUGCCUCUUUCGGGUCAGGUUUUGGAGCCCAGUUUGUAAAGAAAUCUGGGCAGUGGGACUGUGACACGUGUGCUGUGAGAAACGAGGCAUCCGCAAACAGUUGUGUCUCAUGUCAAACUCCUAACCCCUCUCUGAAACCAGCUGCUGCAGUUACAUCAACAAAGUCUUCUGCUCAACCCCUUGUGUCUGGUUUUGGAGCUCAGUUUAACAAGAAGGAUGGCCAGUGGGACUGUGACACGUGUGCUGUGAGAAACGAGGCCUCCACAAACACUUGUGUCUCUUGUCAAACUCUCAACCCCUCAAUUAAAAGCACUGAAGUGGCACCAGCACCAUCAAAACUAUCAGCGUCAGGAUUUGGAUCUGCGUCUGGCUUUGGAUCAGCCUUUUCUAAAAAGGAUGGACAGUGGGACUGCGAUGCCUGUCUUGUCAGGAAUGAUGUUUCCGCCUCUCAUUGUGUAUCCUGUCAGACGGCAAACCCCAAUCCGUCCCUGGCGGCCAUGUUUGCUAAGAAGGAAAGCCAGUGGGAUUGUGACGCAUGCCUUGUGAGAAACGAAGCCUCUGCCAGCCAAUGCGUGUCCUGUCAGACGCCAAACCCCAAUGCUAAAACCACAGUUCUUGCGCCGUCAAGCUCUUCCUUCAGCUUUAGCUUUGGAACCAAGAGUUCCUCCAGUCAACUGGCUGAAACUGGCUUCAAAACUGCUUUCACUUCCGCCAAUGCUUUUAAGUUUGGUUCAAGCAAAGAUAAAAGCUCCCCUGCUUCCUUCAAGUUUGAGGCUCCUCCUUCAACUGAGGAUAAUCCCCCCACUGCUGCAGGCUUCUCGUUUACCAUGCCCGUCCCAGCCGGUGGUUUCAAAUUUGGCACUCAGGAAACCCCUGCAGCUGACGCUACAUCACUGGGGUCAGGGUCUGCAUCCAUGUUUUUAAAGAACAUAGCCGAGCAACACCGGGAGAAAGAGAAGGAGUCCGUUGUCCCAAUAUCUGCAUCAGAAGCACUUGUCGAUAAGACAAACCAAGAUGAAAAUCCCCUCUUCACUGGGAAGCCCAACACAUUCACUUUUGCAGACUUGUCAAAAUCCUCACAGGGAGACUUUCAAUUUGGCCAGACUGAUCCUAAUUUCAGAGGCUUCGUGAGAGCCGGUGAGCCGCUGUUCACGUCAGUGCGGCCCGGCCAGAGGCCCGAAAGCUCGGCUGAUCAGGACGAGGAGGACAUGUAUAAAACGGAGGAGAAUGACGACAUCCAGUUUGAGCCGGUUGUCCAGAUGCCGGACAAGGUGGAUCUGGUCACGGGGGAGGAGGACGAGCAGGCACUUUACUCUCAGCGUGUGAAACUCUUUCGCUUCGACCCCACCACCAGCCAGUGGAAAGAGCGUGGCGUCGGUCUCCUCAAGUUUCUCAAGAACGCAUCUAAUGGCAGGCUGAGGGUUUUGAUGAGACGAGAGCAGGUCCUGAAGGUCUGUGCCAACCACUGGAUCACCACCACUAUGAACCUCAAACCCCUGGCCGGUUCAGAUAAGGCCUGGAUGUGGUUGGCAAACGACUUCUCGGAUGGAGAUGCCAGAUUGGAACAAUUGGCUGCCAAGUUUAAAACCCCGGAGCUUGCAGAAGAGUUCAAGCUCAAGUUUGAAGAGUGUCAGAGGCUGCUGUUGGACAUACCCUUGCAGACCCCUCACAAGCUGGUUGACACAGGAAGAACUGCACACCUCAUUAAGAAAGCUGAGGAGAUGAAGUCUGGAUUAAAAGACCUCAAGUCCUUCCUCACCGAUGACAAAACAAAGAUCAAAGACAAUGCCAGCCAGGCAGGGGACACAACAGCUAGCAACAUCUCCAGUUUAGUCAUCAAACCACAUGCUGAUAGCACAGGCCCUACCUUAGAGUGGGACAAUUAUGACCUGAGGGAAGAGGCUCUGGAUGACAGCGUUGACACGUCGGCCUAUGCUUCUCCAAUAGCAAGCAGCCCCAUCAGGAAGAACCUCUUCCGCUUUGGGGAGCCGACUCCUGGCUUUAGCUUUUGCUUUCAGCCAGUUGUCAGUCCUUCCAAGUCCCCUACCAAGCUAAACCAGAGCGGCGCGUCGGUGGGAACAGACGACGAGAACGAUGUGACGCAGGAGGAGGAGAGGGACGGACAGUACUUUGAGCCCGUGGUUCCUCUGCCGGAUCUGAUCAACACCUCCACCGGAGAGGAAAACGAGCAGGUGCUGUUCAGCCACAGGGCCAAGCUGUAUCGCUACGACAAAGACCUUAAACAGUGGAAGGAAAGGGGUAUCGGGGAUCUCAAGCUGCUGCAGAAUUAUGACACCAAACGCGUGAGGCUGGUCAUGAGGAGAGACCAGGUCCUGAAGAUCUGUGCCAACCAUUGGAUCAACUCAACCAUGAAGCUCGAGCCCAUGAAGGGUGCUGAGAAGGCCUGGGUCUGGAGUGCUAUCGACUUUACUGAAGGGGAGGGGAAGGUGGAGCAGUUAGCGGUGAGGUUUAAACUGCAAGACGUGGCCAACUCCUUCAGAGACGUCUUUGAUGAGGCCAAGGACGCCCAGGAGAAGGAGAUGCUGGUGACUCCAGUUAUGGCCACCGAGGCCACACCACAUGAGACAGCCACUGGAACGACCACCCCAUUAUGUGGGAAGGCAGCCAUUUCUGUGCUUGAAGAGGCCACCAGGGAACGCACAGAGCUCCCACCCGAGACCUUCCACACGCCAGACAGCAAGUCCUCAACCGCCCCACCACACAGCCUCUUAAACCUGCCCAAGACGGUCGUCUCUCCACCCAAGUUUGUCUUUGGCACACACACCCUCCAGAAGAUCUUUGGCAGCCCCACGUCUUCCUCGGAAACGGAGGGUUCUUCAGCAAGCUCCAAGCCUAGAGACAGCGGCCCAGACCCCCCCACCUCUUCUGCAACCCCUGCCUUCAAGAUCCCGGAGAAAGGCUUGGAUUUUAGGCUUUUCAAAGAUAACCCAAUGGCUUUUUGGACCUGCACAUCAUCCACCCAAUCUGAGCCCCCAGUGCCCCCUCAGGACGAGCGAAGCAGCGUCGAGUCUGACCCGGAGGUGGUCUAUGUGAGGGAGCCCACCCCGGAGCAAGCUGCGCUAGCCAGGGAGCUGCUGCUGCCCCUCACCUUCUUCUGCUACCAGAAUGAGCCGGGCUACAUCAGCGAUGACCAGCCUGAUGAUGAGGACUUUGAGAUGGCGGUGAAGGCCUUAAAUGGAAGGCUGUAUCCUGAUCCACUUCAGAGGAUAAGCACAAUCUCAAGCUCCCAGGUAGAGGCCUCCGGGGUGGAUACAGACUGUGAAGUGGUCUGGGAGAAGAAGCCCACUCUCGACGAGGAGCAGAGGGCCAAAUGCCUCCUGCUGCCCCCAACCUUCUUCUGCGGGGUGGCCAGUGACAGUGAGGCCGACAAAGACAAGCCUGAAGACUUUGAGACAGAGGUCCGCAAAGCCCAUGAUGCUCUGAAUGCCCAGAGGAGCACAGAUGCCGCCCUCUCGUCUCAGACUCCAGGUCAGAUGGCUAGCAGUAAGGAGGCUGAAACCUCCACAACAGAGGAACAGAUCCCAGCCCAGAUUAGAGCCUCCAGCAGCAGCCCUAUAGACCUGUCCACCAAGAAGACGGAGGAGAACCCUGAAGCACACACCUCCCCUGCCCCAGCCGUCUCCCCCCCUGCCCCAGCCGUCUCCCCCCCUGCCCCAGCCGUCUCCCCCCCUGCCCCAGCCGCCCCAGCCGUCUCCCCCCCUGCCCCAGCCGUCUCCCCCCCUGCACCAGCCGUCUCCCCCCAUCUUCUAGCGGAAUCCACCUUUGCUCCAGCCGUCUCCGCCCUGGCUCCAGCCUUCUCCGCCCCUGCUCCAUCCAACUAUUCGUCAGCUGCAGCAGACUCUACCACUGUCAGCACAAACUUCACCACUACUACUAUUACUGAAGACGCUUCAUCCUUUGGCUUUAAGACCGAUGUAGGAGGGUUCUCAUUCGCUGAUCUGGCCCAGAACACUGGGGAAUACGCAUUUGGACAGUCAGAUUCUAACUUCUCGUGGACAGGCGCUGGUGCCACAGUGUUUGGAGCUGCACCACCACCUAAGAAGGAUGGAGAGGAGGCGGGGAGCGAUGAAGACGAUGCUGCUGAUAAUGCAGACAUUCACUUUGAGCCUAUAGUGUCAUUACCCGAGGUGGAGACCAAGUCGGGAGAGGAGGAUGAGGAAAUUCUGUUUAAGGAGCGCACCAAGCUGUACCGCUGGGAUCGGGACCUGAACCAAUGGAAGGAGCGUGGCGUGGGAGACAUCAAGAUCCUGUACCACCCAGAGAAGAGGUUCUACCGGGUCCUGAUGAGGAGGGAGCAGGUGCUGAGGGUGUGUGCGAACCACACCAUCUCCCUGGCCAUGGACCUCAAACCCAUGAACACCUCCGCCCAAGCGCUGGUCUGGACCGCCACAGAUCACGCUGAGGGCGAGGGCAAAGUGGAACAACUGGCUGCCAAGUUUAAAACACCCGAGCUGGCCGAGUCCUUCAGGAAAACCUUCACCGAGUGUCAGAGCCGCAUGGGCCAAUCAGAUUCCUUGGCUAUGACGUCACCCCAGAUGUCCAGAGCCCAGGAGCACUCCCGAGAGUCCAACCCCCGAGUCUACCUCACCAUCACUGCCGACACCGAGGCGCUAGGAACCGUCGUCAUCGAGCUGUUCUCCCACAUCGUUCCCAAAACGGCAGAGAACUUCCGGAUCCUGUGCACAGGACAGAAGGGCUUCGGCCUCCGCGACUCCAUCUUCCACAGGGUCGUUCCUGACUUCAUGUGCCAAGGUGGAGACAUCACCAGCCAGGAUGGAACUGGAGGCAAAUCAAUCUACGGGGGGAAGUUUGAGGACGAGAACUUUGACGUGCGCCACACGGGUCCAGGCCUGCUCUCCAUGGCCAACCGGGGGCGGGACACCAACAACUCCCAGUUCUUCAUCACGCUGAAGAAGGCGGAACAUCUGGACUUCAAACACGUGGCCUUUGGCUUCGUCCAGGAGGGCAUGGAAACCGUCCGUCAGAUGGGCGAACUGGGCACCAAGACGGGCAAGCCCACCAAGAAGAUUGUCAUCACACAGUGUGGACAGCUGUAGGACAGGUGGCACCGCAGACGUUCUCAUGAGGGAACGUCACACCUGUAGGACACCUCUGCUGACUUGGGUUCUGUACCCUUUGAUUUGUCCAAAAUUAGCACACUAGAUUUGACUGAAAUGUAGGAAGUCACAGAUUUGAGACUACUAAGGAUUUUAAGAUACUUUUGGAUGCACCCCUUUCUCUUACAGGGAUUACAUCUCCUCCUGAGGUCUACACCUGGCAACAGAUCCAAGACUUGGAUAUAUUUGUGUGUAUAAUGUAUAUGGACUUUUUAACGUGAUUUUCUUUGCAUGUGUUUCACCGAGAGUUGAAAGCGCUGGUUCCUUUUGGAUGCACCCUAACUUGUUUUUGUAUAAAGAAGUCUUAAUUCAAAUUAACAAGGGAACGUUGUUUAAAAGUAAAGUAAAAGAAACUGUUCCUUACCUCCUACUGUUUAUUUUUUAGUUGUCUUAUUGUUUUUCUGUAUGCAUAAUGUGUAAAUUAUUACGCUAAUACACCUAUGCUUUCCCCUUAACUAUAGAAAUAUCAAGAGCAGUAAGUUUGCAUGACACUUAUAGUUAUUAUAUUCCAUACAGUAUCACUGUGGAAGAACGAUGGUUGGUAUGGGAUUAUAUCUCUAGGGUUGAAAACAUUAUUUUGGGGAAAUAAGAUGUUGGAGAAUGUAGGCCUAUGUUUUUGGAAAUAAAGUUGCUUUAUAA